AUGCUGCGGCUUUUUGUGGGGUCUGCCAAGAUUGAACCACCCCUAACUCCACCGCCCAAACCCUGCCUGACCGUUUACUUCAGAGAUGUGAAGAAAAGAACUCAUGUGACAGAAGGGAAURACCCCAUAUGGAAUGAGGCCCUGGUAUGGUACCUCUGGAAUCGCCCCCUGGAAAAAGACUCCUUCCUGCAAAUCAUCCUUCGGGACAUGACCCCAUCAAAGAAAGAAAGGUUCAUUGGUUUGGCCACGGUACUGCUCAAGUCAUUGGAGAAAAAAUCCCGCGAGGUCCUUUUUGUGAAGGACCUGGUCCUGCUCAACCAUUCCAUGGAGCCCACAGAGUGCACCAUCAACCUACAGGUGUUCCAUAUGACCCAAGAGGACUUUGAGAGGACAGAAAAGGAAGACGUCUUGGGCAUAACUAUGAAAGAGGCGGCCCGUCAGAAGCUGAUGGUUCCUGGCGCCACCACACCAGUGGUCCUGUCCUCAAAGCCUCAGCACUUUCAGGUGCGGGUGAAGGUGUUUGAAGGGCGACAGCUCAUGGGCAAUAACAUCAAGGCCAUAACAAAGGUGACCAUUGCGGGCCACCAGCAUAACACGCGGGUGAAGAUGGGAAACAACCCUUUCUUCAAUGAGAUUUUCUUCCAGAAUUUCCAUGAGAUUCCAGCAAAGUUCUUCGAUGAGGUCAUCCUAAUCCAGGUGGUGAACUCAGCAUUGCCACGAUCCAAAGCAGAGAUCGGGAGAUUCCAAACAGAUAUUGGGUUUAUCUACCAUUGUCCAGGUCACGCAAUCAUACGGAAAUGGCUGGGCCUCUGCCAUCCAAAUAAAUCCACCAGCGGCGUGAGAGGCUACCUGAAAGUCACCAUCUGUGUCCUGGGUGCUGGCGACCGGGCCCCGUUGGAUCAGAAGCUGGCCUACUCGACCGAUGAUGUGCAGGUCUUCAAGUCCACAGCAGUCCCCAUCAAGAUGGCUUACCUACAGUUCUUCAUCUAYUGCGCAGAGGACCUCCAUUCCGAGAAACGCCCGAUUGUAAAUCCUGUGUUGGAGGUGGAACUCAUUGGGGAGAAGCUCAAGACGAUUGUGCAGACUCAAACCGACAACCCAAUAUGGAACCAGAUCCUGACCUUCCAGAUUCAGAUGCCCUGCCUCUCCAGAUACAUCAAGUUCAGAGUCUUGAACUGCCCCAAGCAGAACUGCUGGGAUGAGAUCGGGACUGUCACCUUGUGCCUCAACCAGAUCUCGUCCUCUGGAGAACUGAUCGAAGGGAUGUACUCUGGCUUCCUGCCUUGCUUUGGCCCCUGCUUCCUGACUCUCCAUGGGGGUAAAAAGCCCCCUUUCAGGAUCUACGCAGACCCUUGUAUUCACGACUCUAUAAGGGAUGGUUUAUCUUACCGAGGUCGAGUCUACCUGGAGUUGAUCACCCAACUCAAGUCCCAACAAGAAACCUGGAUAAAGGAUCUCUCUCGUGAUGUGAUCAGGGUAGAGAAACAACAGAACCGCCAAAAGUAUGGCCUGUGUGUCGUCUUCAUCUCCUGUACAAUGAUGCCCAGCUUUAAGGACCUGAUCCAGUUUGAGGUCAGCAUCGGCUACUAUGGAAACAAGAUGGACCUGAAUUACAAGCCUCUAGUGUCAACCACACAGUACAGCCCAGUGAUAUAUGACGGGAACAUCUACUAUUAUGUGCCCUGGUAUAACACCAAGCCCGUGGUGGCGGUGACCUCCAACUGGGAGGACGUCAGCUUCCGCAUAAACUGCCUGAACGUCCUCCAGGUCACCCGGGACCACCUGAAAGCCAACCUGGACACCCUCAAGUCCAUCCGGAACCCGAGGGACCCAGAUGUGCUGUCUCAGUGGGAAAAGCUGCGGCAGGAGCUGAUGGAGGACUGCAAGACCCCCCUGCCCGACGUGAAGGACCAUCCCAAAGCCACCAACCUGGACAAGCAGAAAUGGGAGCUCCGCAGCCUGCUCCUCCAGGAACUGGCACAAAAGGCCCAGAAAGCCGAGCCCAGGGACAUGGUGGCCACCGUGGAGGACUGGCUGCAAAGCCUGGACGUGGUGCUCACCGAGCCCCAGGUGAGCCUCCCAGACGUGAUGAUCUGGCUGAUGGCCAAGGACCAGCGCGUGGCCUACGCUCGCGUGCCCGCCCACCGAGUCCUGUUCUCCCAGGCGGGGCCCCUGCACUCAGGCAGUUUCUGCGGGAAGAUCCAGACCCUGGUGCUACAGUACCCAGAGGGCGAAGGACCCAAGAACACGGUCCCAGGCCACCUCCGGGUGUGCAUGUGGCUCGGCAACGUCWCAGACAGCAAGAAUCUGCAGCUGCUGCAUGACGGAGACAUGGUGGUGUACGCAGAGACGUACGAGAAUGAGGCCAAGUACAAAGACCAGUGGGGGCAACAGGGGCUGAAGCGCUGCCCCAACUUCUCCGAUGUCAUGGGGCGCAAGGCCCUACCCAAGACGGAUUUCAGGGAGCCCCCAGGAUGGCAUUGGCAGGACGACUGGAUAGUGGAACCUCAGAAGAGACUCCUCCUGGACAUAGACAUCAACAAGAGCCAGGUGCUGGAGGAGGUGUACGAGAACGAGGAGCGUGACGCCAGAGGCGCCUGGGUGCCUGCCACCAUCCCCAACACCGACGUGAAUGGUCACCCCGUGGAGGCCCGGGAGAAUGUGAGGUGCCCUGAAGGUUGGCACUUUACAAAGGAGUGGAUCCCGGAGCUCAACCGUGCAGUUGACAGCGAGGGCUGGGAGUAUGGAGUGGGGAUACCGCCCUCGGGCCUGCCCCAGGUCUGGAGCUCCGUGGAGAAGACCUACCACUCACACCGGCGGCGACACUGGCUGCGUGUGCGCUUCCGGGACCAUGGGGAACUGGACCUUGAGGAAGAGACCCUCUCCUUCCUGCAACUGGACCAGGCCCAGGAGAAAGAGGGCUGGGAGUACGGUACCUUUGGCUCCAAGUUCCACCUGAGCCCACACCCCCAGAGCCGCUUCCGCCGCCGCUGCUGGCACCGCAGGCUGGCCCCCGACAACGACGACAAAGACAUUGCCCCCAUAUUCCUCCUGGAGGGAUCGCUGAUACUGGACCUGCAAGAUCGCCCAAAGAAGGAAGAGGAAAACAAGGGGUGGCCCUGGGCACAGCUGAAGGAGACCUGGAAGCCCAAGCCAGGGGACGCACGGCAACCCGACCUGCCCUUCAUCUACUGUGUCCCCAACAAACCCCACUAUUACCAACUCUUCUGCUACAUCUACCAGGUCCGGAAUUCAGUGCCCAACCAGAUCCUGACAUUCCAGGGGGCCUUCAUCCGGGUGGUCUUCCUGCACCACAGCCAGUGCACCCAGGCCCUGGUGAGCUCCGCAGUCCCGACCUGGGCCCAGACCCUCAUCUUCCAGCACCUCCUACUGUACGAGGACCCCCAGGACACCAAAGAGGGCCCCCCACUUGUGGUGAUGGAACUGUGGCAACGCGACUCCUUGGGAAAGGAAGUCUUGUGGGGACGAAGCAUGUGGCCCCCCGUGGUCUCCCUGGACCUUCAAAACUGGAUCCUGCCACCCCUGAGGUGGCACCCCUUGGUAAAAGAGUUGGGGGGAGAAGAGGGCCAGAUCUUGGCAUCCUGUGAGAUGAUCCUGGAAACCGAGAACCUGAAAGAGAAGCAUCAACCAAUCUUAAAUGUUCCCUGGAAGAAUGGGAUCUACACACUGCCCAGGAGCAUCCAGCCCACACUAAGGAAGAUGGCCAUUGAGAUUCUGGCCUGGGGCCUUCGGAACAUGACGAAGGUGCACUACCCCCAGCUGGUGGUGGAGUUUGGGGAGCAGUCCCUGAGCACAAAGCCCAUCAGUGACUACCAGAAGAACCCCAACUUCCCCGAGUCCGUCCUCUUCUUCACAGUGCUGAUGCCUACAGAGGCUGUCUACGCGCUGCCCCUGGUGAUGAAGGUGGUGGACACACAGGACUUCGGCCAGAAGAAGGUGGUGGGYCGAGCCAAUGUCGACAUCCUCCAGCCCUAUUUCUGUGACCCUUGGGUUCAGAGCUACAUACCCCGACAGGUUCCAACGCUCUCUGAGAAGAAGCAACAACGCGGUGACUUCCUGUGGUUCUUCUGCGAAAAGUUUUGGUUCAAGUCCAGCAAAGCUGAGGACGAGUAUGAGCAUGAGGUGGACUGGUGGAGCAAGUUCUUCUGGGCCACCGGUGACUAUGAAAAGACCUCGAAGUACAAAUACAAAGACUACCACACCAUAAAGGUGUUUGAUUGUGAGCUGGAGGCCGAGCCAGACUUCCAAGGCCUGCAGGACUUCUGCCAGACCUUCCAGCUCUACCAGGAGAAGCCCAAAGCAGACAGCCCUGUGGUAGGAGAGUUCAAGGGCCUUUUCCGCAUCUACCCCUUUCCUGAGAACCCAGAAGCCCCAGAGCCUCCCCGUCAGUUCCCGGUUUUGCCUGARAGAGACGACUUCCCGCAGCAGUGUUUGGUGCGGGUGUACGUGGUGCGCGCCAUUAACCUACAGCCCCAGGACUUCAAUGGACUGUGUGACCCUUAUGUGAUCCUGAAACUGGGGAAGACAAAGCUUGGCAACCGGGACUUGUAUCAGCCCAACACUGUGGAUCCCAUCUUUGGCACGGUGUUUGAGCUGACCUGUAACAUCCCUCUGGAGAAGGACCUGCACAUUCAGCUGUUUGACUUUGACAUGUUCUCAGCUGAUGAUGAGAUCGGAACUACGAUCAUCGACUUAGAAAACCGACUCCUGUCUGGUUUUGGAGCUUGUUGUGGGCUUGCCAAAUCCUACUUUGUGUCAGGGCCCUUUAUUUGGCGAGACCAGAUCCGCCCAAGCUACCUCCUAGAGCGCUACACCAAGGGGAAAGGGCAGCCUCCGCCUGUGUUCAACCCAGAGGAAGACUCUGUUUUGUACAAUGGGGAAGAAAUCAACCUGAAAACCUUUGAGCCAGAACCCCCUACUGUUCCUGGUUUGGGACCCAACAAGGAACGCCUUGCACUGCACAUCCUGAAUACCCUGGGCCUGGUACCUGAGCACGUGGAGACUCGCACGCUCUACAGCAAGAGCCAGCCAAGCAUCGACCAGGGAAAGUUGCAAUUAUGGGUGGACAUCUUCCCCAAGAAGCUGGGGGCUCCUGGGCCUCAAGUCGACAUCAGUCCCAGGAAGCCUAAACGGUAUGAGCUGCGCUGCAUUAUCUGGAAAACUGCCCAAGUGGACCUGGUGCAUGAGACCUUCAGUAGAGAAAGGAUGAGUGACAUCUACGUCAAAGGGUGGCUAUUCGGGCUAGAGAAGGACAUGCAGAAGACAGACAUCCAUUACCACUCCUUGACUGGGGAGGGCAACUUCAACUGGAGGUUCAUCUUUCCCAUGGACUACCUGGCAGCUGAGGGUGUGUGCAUCCAGAGCCAGAAGGAUUACAUAUGGAGCCUGGACCCCACAUUGAUGAAGUACCCAGCCCGGCUAAUCAUUCAGGUCUGGGACAAUGACAUCUUCUCUGCUGAUGACUUCCUAGGGGUCCUGGAGCUGGAUUUGUCUGACAUGCCCUUCCCAGCUCAGCACGCCCACUAUUGUACACUCAAGAUGAUGGACAAUACCAGCCCCCAAUACAAGCACUUCUCCCUCUUUAAGAAGAAGGUUGUAACAGGAUGGUGGCCUUGCCAGGUCUACAACGAGGACAAGUGGCGCAUGUCGGGCAAGGUGAAGAUGACUCUGGAGAUCCUGACAGAGAAGGAAGCCCUCAUCAGGCCAGCCGGCCGAGGCCAGUCGGAGCCCAACCAGUACCCCACACUCCACCCUCCCCCACGUGCUGGUGGUCCUUUAAUGUGGAUGAAAUCACCUAUUAAAAACUUCUGCCUCGCUUGCUGGAAACGCUACCGAUUCAGAAUUGUAGGCCUUGUGUUCCUAUCAAUAGCAGUAUUCAUGCUGUUCAAAUUCAUCUAUGCAGCUCCGAGCUAUCUGGCCAUGAACUUGAUCAAACCUGAAUUUCGGAUGGCACCUCCCCCCAUUAAAGUAGUUAAUGUCAUGAAUCCACAAGACCAAAACAAGCCUCCCAGCUCUGCUGCCUAGGAUCCCUUUCUACAGCCUUCAACAGAUAAUGAGCUGAAACCCCACCCUGGACCCAAGAAUCACCCGAG